AUGGACGCCUUUCAAACUCUUCCCGCUGAGAUUUGCGUCGAGAUCCUUGUCACCCUGCACCAACCAACCUAUAUCACUUCUGUCAUCAACGCCUCGCCUUCUAUGCUUGCGACAUACAAUGCGAACAAGAAUUCUAUACGACGCAGAUUUUAUGAGAAUGAAUUCGGCAAGGACCUGAUGCAACACGCACUCGGGCUUAUUCUAUUCCCUCCUCGCGAACCUGAUACACCAUGCAUUACUCCGGCAGUCGAGAGACACGUUCAGCUUUGGCAAUCUCGAAGAUUGACAUUCCCUAAUGAGCCAAACCACAGUACUACUUUGGAAUCGAUCGAUAGGCUCUAUCGCCAUAUCCGUCAUCGUGUUCAAAGCUUUAUGUCAUUCGUUGGGGAAUGGGAUGAUGACCCGAGCCGUCUUUCAAAUAGACACAUGUACGGGGUUUACAUUUGGAAUCGAUUAAACGACAUGUUGGACAAGUAUACACAUUCUCGCGAAGAACGUUCCGAGAUGUACAAAUUUAUUCACAGAGGUGAUCUUAUUACACCAUGUCUUUACAGUCGGGAGUUUAUUGAACAAUUUCGGAGUGAUAUUAGGAAGAUGAUGGGUUUUUAA